CGUGGGCUAGCUGAGGGGUUUGGCGCCAAAUGCCCGUUGAAGAUUUUCCCUCUGCCUUGUCCGUCGCCAUCUUGGGCGCCAUCUUGUUAUCCCCGUAUCUACGAGGGCGACCCACUGACGUUAUCCCUCGCAGGCCUCGAGGGGGACAUCGUGACGUCGUUGCCUCGAUUAGCUUGGGCCAAAUCUCCUAAAAAACUAAAAAUGUCCAGGGCGUCUCCAUCCUCCACCUGCAGCGCCUCCGUCAGGCGGUACCUUCUGCAGCGUCGCCGUCAGCGUCUCCGUCAGGAUCCUCACGCCCUGGUCCACACUUGUAAUAUUGGUCGCGGGGACAAUUUGUGGGGGUUUAGGAUGAUGCUGAGCGGGUGUGGGUUGCCAAAAGGAGCAGUAGGAGCGGCAGCUCACUACA